AUGAAAUUAAACACAAGCACAUCGAGUGCUCCAUUCAUACCCCAAAGACCAGUUAGUUAGAAUUCCUCAUUCGUUUAAGGUAGAAUGUAAACACCUCCAAGAGUAGCAAGGUUUGCGGAUACAUCACCGCAUGCGUCUUUCGAAUUCGAAGAUUUGAAUUCACUAUCACUUGAGGAAAUUAAUAGAGAAUUAGAUUAGAAUAUUAAUGAGGUGAUCAUGUUGCUUAAUAGGAGAAAAAGUUUAAUUUUAAAUAAGAAGAGAAGACUCAAGGAGGAAUUUUCAAACAAAAUUGCAGAACUAAAACGUUAUCAAUAAGAGGAUUACAUUCAGGAUUUACAAAGAAUAGAAGAUCCAUUGAUAUAAUCACUCAUGCAAUAGAAAAGCUUACCUAAAAUGCAAAAGUUGUUAGGGAGUGUAAUGAGAGAUCAACAAGAUCGUAAAGUUAUGGAAUUGAGUAAAUCAUAGGAAUUUUGGUAACACAAUAAGAAUGUUGAAACAGAAAUUGACAAUCUACUCAAAAAGUUGAAGUAUUUUGAUAAUGAACUCGAAAAGGACAAUAAUGAAAUCUAUGAAAUUUGUAGAUAAUUAGAUACAAUUGAUGAUAGCAUUAGAGACUUACUUAUUACUAAGGUUGAUGACAAUGUCUAGAGGGCAGAGCCUUUAUUUGCAAAUAAAUAGCGGUAGUAAUCAAUCCUCAAUGGGAAAUUGAAUCAAAGAUUAAAAUUGAAGGAUGAAAAAAUGAAUUUAAUAUAUAAAAUUAUAGAAGAAUUGCAAAGAUUGAGAGGAUUAAGGUAAGAGAGGAUCAAUAAACUAAAUGUUGUAUUUGGAGAUGAAGAAAAUAUAUAAAAUUAGAAUUACUAAGGAUUGCAAAAUGUUUAAGGUUCAUAAUAGAAUUUAGACUAACCUCAGCCAUCAAAAUUAUAGGCUUAUAUGGACUUUAUGGAAUAAUUUGAUAAUAUUGCAUUGAUGAGGGAGCAAAUAUCUAAGUUAGAGUAAGCUGAACAGGGGUUAUUAAAUGAUUUGGAUAAAUUGUAUAGAGAGAGUGACCAAGUUUUCAGUGAAUUAAUUAGGAGAAUCUCAGAGGAAGCCAAAACAUUUAACGAAUGGACUGAAAAUCUGAAAAGAAGAAUUAGAUAUAUAAAAGCAAAUGAAUAUUUCUUCUCACAAACCAAUUUGCCUGAACAGUCAAAUGGAUUAGGCAAUUCUUUGCAAUUGGAUUUGAAAGAAGUAAGCAGAAAAUUUAAAGAAAAUAUGAACUAUCUGAAACCAUUAAUUGAAGAAGAUGCCACAAUCAGAGCAGGCUUAGAAAAAACAGGAAGUACUAUUUAAUAAUUUAAGAAUAUGAUUUUGGCUAUUUAAAAUGAGAAGGAGAGAAGAAGAGAGUUGCUUUAAAUUUUAGAGAAUUGUGCUAGAUUAAGAUAAGAGGAAGAUAUGAAAACUGAAUAAUUGAGGAAUAUAGAAUUGGAAAUAAAUAAGAAAUUACAGUAGAAACGCAACUUAGAGGAAGAUUUAGAUGGUGUUCUAGGAGAUGCUGAUUUGAAUACUUUCAAAAAGAUCGAAUCUUUAUUACAUGAUUUCGAUUAAGAGUUGGUUCAUUUGAAUAAUUAAAAAAGAAAAAUAAUAAAAGAAAUUGAAGAAAUUAAUUAAUCUGUUAUCAAUCUAUUAGCAAGAAUAAAAAGUGAUUAUGAUGAUAUACUAAGAGAAAUACUGCCAAAAGAUUGGACUAAUACCUAUGAUUUGAAGAAAAUCACUGAUUUAAAAAGAAUGAAGAAUUACUUAAAAAAAACUUUCAAACGCUUUGGUAUAAUGUCAGAUUGA